AUGGCAGGUACUGCCAUCAUAGUCAUCCCCAUCUACCAAGGUGAAACGGCUCGCAAGGCCCUUCGUGGCCUUAUGAUCCCAACCCUACAACCCAUUGUUGUCAUAGAAUCUCUUACUGGAUCGCCACUCAAUCUCAACACGCCAGACUCCUCGCAAACACAAAUUCUGGAAAGGUUUUUCUUUGACUGGUCGACUCACGCCGAUAUCCCAUCGGGACAUACUGUAUCUUGGUAUAGCAGCCUUCCCCAGAUUUACUUCAACUCCAGACCAGAUAGCCUUCUACACAAAUCGGUCAAUGCCUUAGCUAGUGCCAGCUACGGGCAGAGAUUCAACUCUAAUCAAACUCUGAGGGAUGCAGCCAAGCUAUAUGGAGAGGCAAUACGUAUGCUAAAAGACACUAUGCUUGGCAUGUUUGAUUCCUCUCAAUACUGCGAAGUCAUGAGCUCUAUUAUGUUGCUUGGCAUAUAUGAGGGUUUGGUAGAUCAAUCCGUCGCGCUCGAAGGUUCUUGGGUGUCACACAUCAGUGGAGGCUGUACUUUAUUGAACUUACGAGGGCAAGACAAGAUCAUAGAGUGUCCAGCAGAGUAUGAGGUGUCCAUACUUAUUUUCAUGCAAAUGAUUCACAUUGGCCUUGUGACUGGCCAAGGACUUUCUAUAUCUUGGGCGUCGGUAAAAGAGCUAUGCCUGCCAAGGCUACCUUACUUUUACGCACAUACACAGCUGAUCUACCAAUCUGCACGACUUUGCAUGGAAUGGAGAACAGCUUUGUUGACUUACGAAACGGAUCAAGAUAUCACACAACUAUCUGCUAUCACAUCUCAGGCCUUGACCUUGGACAAGGAGCUUGAGGAGUGGGCUACGAGUGUACCUCCUUCUUCAACCUAUGCGGUGGAAUCAAUGACCGACACCGAAGUUGAAUGGUUGCAACCUUUACUCAAUACAUCGUGGAGGCCUCACAAUUCACACACGUACUCAUCGCUCACGAACCAGAUACUCUGGAGAUUCUAUUGGAUGGUUCGAACCAUCCUCAACCAGGCACUUUUGUUCACCAAUGGCAUAUUUGAACAAAGCAAAGUGGGACCUAAACCGAUUCUCUGCCAGGCCGAGAUAGAAUCUCGUCUCUUAUCGUUCACUGAUCGCUUGUGUGAAUCUUGUCUCUCGACUUUCAUAAACAUCGUCAAGCAAGGUCCGCAAUAUUGCAGAGCGGAAGGUAUUCCAAGUGUGUUAGGUUACCUCACUCUACAGGUUUUUCCCACUCUCGCCUUAUGUCUUGAGCAAGUCAAUCUCGCUGGUGUCGAUCUUUCGGGUCGAAAGGAAUGGGUAGCCAGCAUGAGACAUUUUCUUCGGGUCAAUCUUGGCAUUGCAAAAGGUCCAACAGUAAUACCCAUAUCUCCCAAUAGCAAUAUUCCAGUUCAGAUUUGGGGAAACUUAUAG